CAGGCAGCUGCUCAUGGCGAGCAGCCGGAGCAUCGAGCUGGAGCACUUCGAGGAGCGGGACAAGCGGCAGCAGCGCGCCGGGCCACGCCGCGGCGGUGGCGGCGGCGGCGGCGCAGGGCCGCGGGGUAACGGACUGAUCCCCAGCCCCGCGCACAGCGCACACUGCAGCCUCUACCGGACGCGGACUCUGCAGGCGCUCAGCUCGGAGAAGAAAGCCCGGAAAGCACGCUUCUACCGCAACGGGGACAGGUACUUCAAGGGCUUGGUGUAUGCCAUCUCCACCGACCGCUUCCGCUCCUUCGAUGCUCUCCUGGUUGAGCUCACCCGGUCCCUGUCGGACAACGUGAAUUUGCCCCAGGGUGUCCGCACAAUCUACACCAUCGAUGGCAGCAAGAAGCUCACCAGCCUGGAUGAGGUGCUGGAAGGUGAAAGUUACGUCUGUGCAUCCAACGAGCCCUACCGCAAAGUUGACUACACCAAGAACGUCAAUCCCAACUGGUGUGUGAACAUCAGGACUGGGACCAGUCGAUCCUUGCCCUCCCUGACAUCCACAAAGAGCGAGGUGAAGGAGAGUAAAGAUUUCAUUAAACCCAAACUGGUGACUGUUAUCAGGAGUGGAGUCAAGCCACGCAAAGCUGUGAGGAUCCUGCUGAACAAGAAGACUGCGCACUCCUUCGAGCAGGUCCUGACUGACAUCACAGAAGCCAUUAAGUUAGACUCGGGUGUAGUCAAGAGACUUUGUACACUGGAUGGAAAGCAGGUGACCUGCUUGCAGGACUUCUUUGGAGAUGAUGAUGUCUUCAUUGCGUGUGGACCUGAGAAGUACCGCUAUGCUCAGGAUGACUUUGUGCUGGAUCACAGUGAGUGCCGUGUCAUGAAGUCCUCUUAUUCCCGGUCAGCUGGCAUGAGGCAUACUGGAUCCAAAAGUCCAGGCCCUUCCCGUCGGAGUAAAUCACCUGCCUCAGUAAAGAGGGGUGGCCACUACUCCAGUGCUCAUUCUUCAGCAAAAUCCCCAGUUAAUGGAACCCCAAGCAGUCAAUUAUCCACCCCCAAAUCUACAAAGUCCUCCAGUUCUUCACCAACAAGCCCAGGCAGCUUUCGUGGACUCAAGAUCCCCCCACAUGGUGGCUCCUCCUCCAACGUGAACGGUACACCUGAAUCCCUCCGCUGCCAGAGCCCCGAAGGUGUGAAUGGAAACAAGUGCUCAGGGUCAUCUACCAUCCUCGAGAAGUACAAAGUGGGGAAGGUGAUCGGAGAUGGCAAUUUUGCUGUCGUUAAGGAGUGCGUAGAACGGUCCACAGGAAAGGAGUUUGCACUGAAGAUCAUAGACAAGAAUAAAUGCUGUGGAAAGGAACACCUGAUUGAAAAUGAAGUGUCUAUCCUGCGCCAGGUGAAGCAUCCAAACAUCAUCAUGCUGAUAGAGGAGAUGGACACCCCAGCUGAACUCUAUCUGGUGAUGGAGCUGGUCAAGGGAGGAGAUCUGUUCGAUGCUAUCACUUCCUCUACAAAGUACACCGAGCGAGAUGGGAGUGCAAUGGUCUACAACCUAGCCAGUGCUCUCAAGUACCUCCAUGGCCUCAACAUUGUGCACAGAGACAUCAAGCCAGAAAACCUCCUGGUAUGUGAAUACUCAGAUGGAACCAAGUCUUUGAAGCUAGGAGACUUUGGACUGGCGACUGUGGUUGAAGGACCUCUCUAUACUGUCUGUGGUACCCCCACAUAUGUGGCUCCAGAAAUCAUCGCCGAGACAGGCUAUGGCUUGAAGGUGGAUAUUUGGGCUGCAGGAGUGAUCACAUACAUUCUGCUAUGUGGAUUCCCUCCUUUUCGCAGUGAAAACAACCUCCAGGAAGACCUCUUUGAUCAGAUACUUGUUGGGAAGCUGGAAUUUCCUUCUCCCUACUGGGAUAACAUCACUGAUUCAGCCAAGGAAUUGAUUAGCCUGAUGUUACACGUGAAUGCUGAAGCCCGCUACACAGCAGCGCAGAUCCUAAGCCAUCCCUGGGUGUCAGAUGAUGCUUCUCAGGAAAAUAAUAUGCAAGCUGAAGUAACAGGUAAACUGAAGCAGCACUUUAAUAACACCCUACCCAAGCACAAUAACACAUCUGCUGGGGUUUCUGUCAUCAUGGCACACAAAGGAACCCUGAUGGCCUCUAGUUAAACUGAGCACACAGUAAUUCCAGAAGGUAGAGGUGUGAGUCAUGAAGCUUCCUGUUCUCAGUGCUCAGGAGUGCACUUGCAACUGGACAGAGGCCAUGCAACUGCUACAGAGACCAAACUGCCUCUCUUCUUCCUGUGGUUCCUUCUUGCCCGAUGCCAGGAUGGACCCAGCACACAGAGUAACUGGGGUUAUUUUUCUUUGGUAACUGAAGAUCCUCUUAGAAAAAUGGUUACUAAAAGCAGUUACUAAGAAACACUUCAGUUACUGAGAAUGAAACCAUCCCCACUAGUGCCAUCACAGCGAUCUCCACCUCUCCCCAUUAGUAUUAAUGGCUCCAAGUCUAGUCCCCACCAGCCAGCAAAGAAUCCUCUCAGUGUCUGAAAGUAGGUGAAGUCAGUUGCAUUUCUGCACACAGAUACAUGCUUUUGCAAGUACUUUUCUGGCAACUAAAUAGGCAAAAGACUUAGAGGUAGGAAAAGUGGUGAUGUAAAAAUAAAGAGAGAAGUCAGAAAAUGGAUUUCAGGUUCAUGCUGUUGUCUACAUUUUAUUUGACAGUUUGACUUGACAGUUUGAGAGGCACUUCAGAGCUUCAUUCUUUAUACUCUUGAGACUAUGGAUAAGCCUGAAGCUGAAC